GCAGUGUGCCAGCCACCCCGCGCUCAACGCACCCGUUUAAUAUACAGAUAUAUAUAAUUCACGUGUUUUCGCUAUCGUCACUAUAAUAUAUAUAAUAUAUAACUUGGUUCAUCUCAUCGUAGCUCUCUCUAUCUUUCUCUCCGUAUACAGUGUCUCACGCGCGGCUCUCUGUGCGCGCUCGCUCGUCGACCGAUCAAAUUAUCGGUGUGACAAAUAAAGAGAAAAAAUUGUUUUUUCUGCUCGAUGCGUAAUAAUACACGCGCUUAGGAACAUCCUCGGAUAAGAAGAAAAAAAAGAAAUGUGAUUGUUGCUCUCUGCCAUCGUCGUCCAAUCGUCAACGUAUUGGAACCGGCGCACUUAUCUCCCCGCCGUCGUGUAUAUGGCGACGAGUGUAUCGUACCACAGGUAAGUUAACGAGAGUACGAGGACUCGUCGUCGUAGUGCGGACACUGCAGGCGUCAACCGGAGCAACAACGUCGCGGGCGAUUGCGGCAGCGGCGAUGAUCGGGACGAUCGUGGCGAUGUCGCGCUACUGAUCUCGAGGCGAGAAUAUAUAGAAGAUAUACAUUAUUGCGAGCGACGAGGCUCGAGGAAAAGAGAUAAGCAGCAGCAGCAGCUGUAGUGACAGAAUUGUCAGAGAUCGAUCUUAGCUCAUUCGCCACCUCCUUGGUAGAUUAUUUUUUGGGACAUGGAAAAGGACCGCUAUGUUCGAGGUUUACUUUCAAAAGCAAUUUCGCCGCGCGAAAAAAAUGUCGCAUCUCCACCAGAAAGACGCGAGACGAGAGAAGAGUUCGAGGUCGGCAAUGAGCAACAGAGCAGCGGCAGCAGCGUGGCUCCACCUGCCAAUGCGAGCUGCGCAUCUCAGGGUGUGCCCGCUGAUACGAUUUCGCAGUCACAAAAUUCGUCCACCUCCUCGUUCUCGCCAGGCCGUAAUGGUCAGCUGUCAAAACAAGGCACUUUGACAAUAACACGUCGAAGCUCCGCUAAAAAUCGCACAAACACAAGUGGAAGCUUCGAAAGCACGUGUCAUUCCAACAGCCCCGAAGCUUAUCCACGGGGCCAAUCGGUUGAUAUUGACGAGAUUCUCGAUAAUGUAGAUCUUGCUACAGAAUCUCUGCCCGCUAUCGAUACUCCAGAUGCCUGUGACAAAGCAGCCCUUCGAUUAAGGUGCCUGCUGCGUAAAUUGCAACAUGGCGAAAUAUCUGCAGAUCUUUUACAAAAAAAUUUGCACUAUGCCGCCCGCGUGCUCGAAGCAGUCUUCAUCGAUGAAACAAAGGUGACCUCGCGAACGUCAGGUAGAGCGACAGGCUUGCAAUCGGCGCCCUCGACAACGUCACCACCGCCAGGCGGCGGCGGCGGUUUCGACCACGAUGGAUCGCAGAGUCACGCCGUGGCUACGCAAAAGCGGAAGCUGCGCACCCCCGUGUGGGCCAGAGACGCCGAGAGAAUGGAGAAGGAAGCCAGUGGACAGCAGAACGUGCGUCGUAGACGACUGGCCGACGAGGAUGACGAGUUGUCGGAGGUGCAGCCGGACGCGGUGCCGCCCGAGGUGCGCGAGUGGCUCGCGUCGACGUUCACCCGCCAGCUGGCCACGACGAGGCGCCGCGCCGACGAGAAGCCGAAAUUCCGCUCGGUGGCGCACGCGAUACGCGCCGGCAUAUUCGUCGAUCGCAUCUACCGACGAGUCACCAAUACGGCUCUCAUGCAAUUUCCUCCCGAAGUCGUGAAAGUUCUCAAGACGCUGGACGAGUGGUCCUUCGACGUGUUCUCGUUGAGCGAGGCCGCCCAGGGCUCGCCGGUCAAGUACAUGGGCUACGAUCUGCUGAAUCGCUACGGCAUGAUUCCCAAAUUCAAGGUGCCGCCCACUGUCCUGGAGAACUUUCUCAACAGGAUCGAGGAGGGUUACUGCCGCCACCGCAAUCCGUAUCACAACAAUCUUCACGCCGCCGACGUCGCUCAAACCAUGCAUUACGUGCUGUUUCGUACUGGACUAAUGAAUUGGCUGACGGAUUUGGAAAUUUUCGCCACGCUGGUUGCAGCUAUAAUUCACGAUUUCGAACAUACGGGUACAACGAACAACUUUCAUGUGAUGUCCGGCAGCGACGAAGCCCUCCUCUACAACGAUCGAGCUGUAUUGGAAAAUCAUCACAUUUCAGCGACUUUCCGAUUACUCAAGGAAGACGAUUGUAAUAUCCUGCAAAAUCUCUCGAGAGAAGAAUUCCGAGAGUUUCGAACUCUCGUUAUAGACAUGGUUCUCGCUACAGAUAUGAGCUUUCAUUUCCAGCAGCUUAAAAUUAUGAAAAAUAUAUUGAGUCUGCCUGAACCAAGCGUCGAUAAAAGCAAGGCUGUCAGCCUCGUACUUCAUUGUUGUGAUAUCUCACAUCCUGCAAAACGCUGGGAUUUACAUCACAGAUGGACAAUGCAGCUACUCGAAGAAUUCUUUCAACAAGGCGAUCGAGAAAAAGAGCUCGGCCUACCUUUUUCUCCUCUGUGCGACAGAAACAGUACGCUCGUAGCCGAAUCUCAAAUAGGUUUUAUAGAAUUCAUCGUUGAGCCGAGUAUGCAGGCUUGCGGAGACAUGCUCGAGGCUAUUUUGGCUCCGUUGAAUGCCAAAGAAAGCAUCGACGAGUCCGGUGGAGCUUUGGAAAAUAAAUUUGAGAUUGGAAAACCGUGGACAGAAUGCCUUGCUGCUAAUAAAAAAAUUUGGAAAGAGCAAGCAGUGAAAGAUGCCGAGCUCAGAGCACAAAAAGAAGAGGAGAAAAAAGAAACUUCGGAGAGCGUACAAACAACUGAAGAGUGAUGAUUGAAAAAUAAAGAAUAUUACUGCUAAAAUUCUUUAUGACCAAAGCCGACUAUCAUACAGUAUUAACGUUGGACGUGAUACUAAACUAGUUCAUCUUCUAAUAUAAGGCUAAGGUCAAAACUCCAUUAAAUAGAGAAAAAAAAUAUGCCAUUGAAGUUAAAGUAAUAGUUUAUUAAAUGAUAAGAAUAUUAUUAUAAGUGAGGCAAGUUUUUGCUUGCAAUCGUACAUAAUUAUUUAGGGACAUGAUUAAAAUAGCACAUUGUUUUAUUAAAUGAAUACACUCAGGUAGACUGAACGAGCACAUUAAUUUUUCAUUUGACUCAAAUAUUCUCUAGAAAUGUAGGGAGAUCAAAAACAAUUUUUUAACUGCAUUUUUCAUUGAUAUUGUAGAAAAUAAUUAGAAUGUGAAUUCGAACGGUUUUUUAUCCUAAGAAAUAUUACGAUACAUCAAUCAGUUUAUCACAAUUCAUCGUGUUGCAAUGAUAUUCAUCCUAGUUUAAAAUAAGGUCUGUUGUGAGCCGUGAUCAUCUUCUAUUUCUGUAUAAGAGCAAUUUGCAAAAAUGAUGCUAAGCAAAAAAAGACGUGCAACAAAAAUAAGUUUUUUACUUUAUAACAUCGUGAAAAAUAUAUUGUAUAUAUUUAUGAAAAAAAUUAUACCCAAAGGGCAAAUAACUUUGAUUCAUUUCGUACAAAAUGAUUAAUAGUUGAGAUUAACGACACAAAAAUUUAUUUCACAAAAUGUAGGAAUAAAAUAAUGUACGUUAUCACUCGAUUCACUCACCAUCUUCUAUACAUGUAAAUAAAAAAGUAAACGUAAUUAUAGUAAAAAAAACUACUAUGCAAAACUAUUAAAAAUGAACAAAGUAGUAUCGUGCCAUUUGUACAGAUAAUUUUUCGAAAUUCUCUUUAUUUUUCACUCACUAAGCUCUUUGAUCGGAGUUAAGUAUGAAUUUCAAAUGAUUUGGCGGUGUUCAUUUAGAAUUGCGUUUAAAUAUAAGAUACUUAUUGUUUAUUAUUUUCUUUACUUUCGUUUAAUAAACCACGAAUUAAAAUACUUUGUAAUAUUACCAUAAAAUAAAUGGAACCAAACGUGCAUGUCAAAACGUAAUAGUAUCUUGGCAUGAAGUUAAACCAUUAUCAACUUGAAAUUAUCUGAUGUUUUCUGAAUCAAUAGCAUCAGCUGUAUACUAUUAAUGGAAAUACACAAAUGAUUUAUCGAUAUAAUAUAUCACUUGGAAAUAAUAAUAGCAACUUUAAUUAAGUAUGGCGGUAACUUAUAUAACAAAAAAAACAAAUGGUAAUGUAAUAUGUAUAAUAAUACAAUUAUUGAUGUGCGUAAAUAUUUCAGCGAUUGUCAAUACACCGGCCGAAAUCGCGCUGGCACGCAAUUCUCCAGCCUUAAAUUAAUUAAUCGUAUAAGACGCUUAGACAUAUAAAUUAAAAAGAAAAAAAUGAAUGUAGAACUCUUCAAACUAUUAAGAAAAACGUCACGAGAGUGCAUGCAUGAAGUUCAAAUUAUUUAUGAUUGCUGAGCAAAUGACCAAAGUGUUUUCUAUCCCUCGCAAUAGGUGAGAUACUUGUGACAUACUGAGUAAUGCUCACUAGAAUUACAUUUAAAUGUAAAAUUCUUAUACAUGUAAGUAGAUUAUUAUUCAUAUUAUCUCACGCAGGCGUGAGAAAAACUUACUAUGUAAUAAACUAUAUCCAUUUACGCUAUUAUUCCGACAUUUAUUAUAAAUACGGAUAAAGUCCGACGUAUCAAAGUAUUGAAGAAAAUGAACAAAGAACUCAAAAAAUAUACGCACGCAGGCGUGUGUGCUGUCUUUUUUCUAUUUUAAGGUAUCUGCCCGUGAUUAAUGUAACAUUAAAAAUAAACAAUCCAUAUUAUAUAAGUCUAUCCAAUAAAAAUAAAUUCGAAAACUAAUGUGGUGGUUAAAAUUCAUAUAUUAAUAUUGAUAUUGAUAUAUUACUUGAAAUGAGACCAAAUUCGGCCUUACGCUGGGAUAAUAGAUAACCAUGAAUCAGCAUAAAUGCUCAAGAUCAAUAUUAUUUUGUUACACAUGCCAUGAGGGAUUCUUCUUAAUUUCAAACCUAAUUUGUAUAAAUUAUCAAUUGCAAUGAAAUGAAUCGAAAAAAUUACAUUCAAAAUUCCAGAGGCUUUGAUUUUGCAUUCUCAACGUAUUCUAAAUAUCGUUACUAAAUUCAAUGCUCUAAUCUGAGACUGCAGUAACAAAAAACUUAAAGACCAUAAUAUGCAUGUAUUAUAAGUUAAUUUAAAUAUAACGUAUCUCAAAAAAUAAAGGAAUCAAAAUGAACUUACUAUCAUUAAAAGCACCUUUGUCUUUCACAAAUUACAAUUCAAGUGCUGUACUAUUAAUUUUCGAUAAAUGAAUUGAAAAUUUAAAAUUAUUUGGAAAAAUUUAUUAAUAUUCAUCGAAAACAAAGAAUAGUAAAGCUAUAAAAAUAUACCCUUGUAAAGAAAAUCAUCUGUUUUAUUCUUGUCUAGUAAAAAUCAUAAUUAUUAGUAUUUACAAUUGAAAGAGCUAUAUGGCAUGAAAACCUCUGCAAUAUGCAAUGUAGAAUUCCAAUUUCAAAAUUCAAAUGAUCAGGUUAUUGAUUUUACAUGAACCAUUUGUUUUCAUCAUGGUUUUGAUUUAUCCUAAAAAUUAUUUAAAUAGCGAGUUUCGUGAAAAUUUUACAAUAAUUUAAUUUUUCUUAUGUAAAUUGUACACCUUUUUCAUUUAUUCAUUUUUGAAUUUAUAUUUUAUAAAAAUUUGGAAAUGAUAGGUGCAGCUAUAUUUUCAACCGAUUCCAAUCACUUUAUGAUCUAAAUAUUGACCAAUUACUUUUUAAGGUUUUUAAUAGAUGGAUAAAAUAUUUGUGUUUCAUAGUCAUUGAUCUGGCGAAUUGAAGAUACAAAAUUUAAUGCAGUAAAAAAGGGGCCAAAUUUGAAAUUUAAAAAAUUGUUAGGAUUCGAGCCACAUUUUAUGUUUGUACAUAUAACUAUAAAGUAAUAAUUACUUGCUUAUGAUAAAUCUCGUAAACAUAUAUUUUAAAAUAUGAACAAGUGAGGUGUUCAGUUCAGUUUAAAAGACCUGUCAUCUCUAAUAAUCGAGUAAUUGCAAAUAUAUACUAAAACAUAUUAGUUAUUGUUACUUCUAUAAAAAGAAAUAUCGAAAUCGUUGUAAAAAUGAUUAUUUUCAGACACGCAUGCGAAUAUUAAUAGAUGUUAUAAUUAAUGACUCUAUGGUUAUUUCAAUGAAGUAAAUUUAAUGCUGCUUUAGAGAUUCGACAAUUUUUCAAAGAAAUGCAUCCAAAAUUUGUACCAACACCAGCAGCGCUAAAGAUUCUUUUCAAUUCUAGUAAAAAUCAAAAACGUAGCUAGUAUUUACCCUUUGCAUAUGGUGCAUUACCAUCUAUAGAUCAGACAAUUUUUAUGAAAAUAAACGAUCAACAUUUCUACCUUAUAAAAUAAUAUUUUUAUCAAAGCAUUCGAAAAAAAUAAGUCUUGCUCUCAAUGAUUUAACAGAAAAUCGGUUAAUCAAUGUUUUCCAUGGAAUGCAAACGUGCAGUUUUGUUAUAAAUAAAAUUGUACUUUUUCUAGUCAUUGUAAAACUGAUAACGAAAUAUCUGAGUGGAGCGUGGUCUCUAUGACUUUUCAUGAAUGUUAAUCAAAAAUUGAUUGUAACUCGAAAAUAUGUUAAACGAAAGUUUAUGAAUUAUGUUACAUUUUUUUGGGCACAAUCAUAUUGAAUGGCUUGUACAUAAUUCAAUAUUAGCUCUACGUAUAACAUUCAUAUUUUUGAUUAAAUCAAAUAAAACAUUGUUAUAGGUGAGAAUACUUUUAAUUAUAAUUUCGAUG